AUGUACGGCACCGCGACCGCGUCCGACGAGUCCGAGGACGAGGGCUGCUAUGUCUUCUGGGACACGCCGUCCAUCCUGCCCCCUGCGCCACGCCCUGCGCCCUCGCCCGCCCCACGCCGCCCUUCGCAGCGCAGCGGCGCCCCCUCCCCCUCCCUCGGCACCCUCGCCAUCGCCGGCACGCCCAAGCCCAAGCGCACCACCACCGCCGCCGCGCUCCCGAGCCCCUCGGGCUCGACCACGAGCAGCCACAAGGCGACGCGAGCGCUGCGGCAGCGCAAGCGGCUCAAGGGCGCGAGAAAGUCGGCCGCCGAGGCGAGCAGCCAGCCGCUCGACGCGAGGGCGCUCCAGAUGGUGAGCCAGCUCGCGCUCAAGGUCAACGCGCGCGCGGCGAGCAUGGCGAGCCAGGCGCCGCUGCCUCCGGCGUCGCGCGCGAGGCGGGACGAGACUGGGGCAGGAGCGGCGCAGGGAGCAAAGGGCAAGGGCAGGGCGGACGAGCAGGAGCAGGUCGUCAAGCGUGAGCCGCUGCGCCCUUCCCCGACCGCCAACGGCUCGGCACCCGCACCCGCGUACACCUCGACCUCGACCACCCCGCUCCGCCGCACGCCCGCACGAGCCACUCGAGCCGCCCAGCCCGCCCUCAGCCUCUCUGCGACCAAGAUGAGCGCAGUGCACGCGUCCCCUCGACCGCGCAAGGCCGCCGCCGUCCCCGUCACGGCCGCGCCUCCCCCACCUCGACCCGCGCUCGGGAAAUCUACCUCGUCGGCGACCGUCACGACCGCCGACGAGUUCGACUCGUUUUUCGACGACGGAGACGACACGUUCGAGCUCGCCCUGUCGCAGCUCGACGAGCGCGCCGUCGUGCCGACCCCGCCGUCGUCGGCCGGUCCCCCUCCUCCUGUCGCCCUCGUCCCCGCCGCUCGCGCCGCACCAGCACGGCCCGCCAAGCCAGCCCCAGCGCCUUUGCCCUCGCGUGCACCUCCCGUAUCCCGCGCCGCACCCCCUGCGCGGCCCCUCGCCGCCUCUCGCCCUCCCCCUCCUCCCGGACCCGCACUCGCCCGCGCGCCGCCCAAGCCCGCCGCCGCCCCGACCCUCAUCCUGCGCACCUCGCGCGCCUCGCAGGGCACGGCGCAGCACGCGCUCGUCGAGCUCGCGCGCCGCGAGGCAGAGGCCCUCGCCAGCGCCGACUUUGACCUCGGCGCCGGCGGGUGGAGCGACGAGGACUUCUGA